AUUUGUUCUCUGAUCAAAUCAAUUGAAUUUUUAUCUUGUGUGAUUUCUCUUCGCAAUAUUAUUUGCUGCAUCCUACAAAAGAUGAAGAAUCCAUUCGAAGCUCUGAAGACGCAUCUACACAAAGACGCGAAGAAUGGUUCACGAUCAGCCAUUCUCUUCGCCCAGAUUGCUCUGUUUAUUGCAACAAUUUUUGUGUGGAAUACCAAGCUAUGCGCAGAACAUGAUCGCACCGGAUUCAAAACGGCUUUGUCUUACCAAAUCAUAGCCAUUCUGGUAUCGAAUUCGAGGCGUCUGAAUGAUCUUAGAUUCAUCCAUAAGAAGUGUGACACCAAGGUAAAUUCAAUAGCAAAUCUCAUCUGCUUGAUUUUAGCUAUUGUUUUAGAGAAAUUUUAUGAGAAAUCCUUGAGUAGUCUGGGUUUUGCCUUCAGCAUCACUGUUUUCUUUCUAAUCCUACUGGUCAUAAUCCGACCCUCCACCGACCUUGGGUUGUUCGGUUUUCUAAUUGGAGUCAUUGGAUCAGUUGCUUACAAUCUCUUCGGACUCAAAUUUCAAACUUGGAUAGUUGUGGCCAUCUGUUUUCCACUAUUGGUUUUUAGGUUCUGGCUAGACAAGAAUUGGUUGGAGAUGGAUGUGGGAGAAGAUCAGCCACUGCUGAAUCGGUUGGAGGUGGGAGAAGAUCAGUCACAGCUCACUGAUAGGAGUACCGGAGGAAGAAUCCAAAAUUUAACGGUGGCGGGUUUCCACCUCUUUUGGGUUUACAUUUUGUUUAGAACAAACUGUCAAGCAAUGCCCAAGUCCAUAUCCUGCCCCCCAAGUUCUGUAAUGGGAAUGCUAGCAAGUUUGCUCAUUUUUAAUAUGUGGUUCGGCUAUGCGUUUAUUUCUCGUGUAUAUUCUUUGGUUAUGAUGCUCAUUAUACUGCUCUUCGCGGGAGUUGGAUGCCUGCACAAGCGGGCAAAGAAGCUAUCGCCCAGAAGAAGGAAGAAGAAUAGGAAGAUAGCCUAGCGCACGCAUGAGAGGGACGGCCACCUGCGCAUAUAUAUUGUACUUCAGCAUCUUGUUUCUCUUCGUUAUGGGAUCUUAUACACAACUCUCAACUCCACGUGAACUUAUACUUCAACUCUAUCCUCAUACAAGGCCACGGAUUGGGUAGCUAUUCAUAGCAGAAAGUAGGAAUGUCCUUUGAAUUGGAUUCGAGUUCCCCCAAUGAAUCUGGUUGGCAUUCUUAACAAGGAUGGGCUGCCUGCACCACCUUCUAUGUAGUCAAGCAUUUUUUGUUUUGUGGUUGCGUGUUUGUAUUUUGUUUCUGAUGUGGUUGCUGUAUUUGAUUUUCACAUAUGCGUCUUUUGUUUCUGGGCCAAAAAUCAUAAUAAAAGAUUGAAAGCUCCACAGACCAAGAUUCCAAUGCCUGCCCAAAAGAGAAAAUAAGAAGACUAGCUGUAGGUGAAUUACUUUAUGCACCGGGAGAAAGUACCUACAAGCAUGCAGAAGCUACACUGCAACACCACAAUAGGUUGGCAACUUUGUCAACAUAGCCAUUAAUUCCAACUGCUAACUCCCAACUGCAUUUUACUUUUCAUUUAUUGCCUUUUAGUAGAUUUUGCCUAUAAAUAGCCAUGCUCUCA